UUGGCUCUGGGGGAAUGUGGGGGGUCAGGGGGCAGUGGGGAGGUGACAGUAGCGAGCAGGGCCCUGGAGGAAUGGGGAAAAGGUGAGUGGGGGGAGAGGGGUUCCCAGUUCAGAGAUGGUUCCAUCCCCAUCCCCCACCCUUUUUCCCAUCCCACCACAGAUGGCAGCGAUGAUGGAGGAGGAAAACAGAAAAGCAGUAGAAGCCUCCAGGAGGAAAUAUGAACAAUUUGUGCAGCAGCUGGACCGUGGCCACCAGAGCAUGCACCGCUGCCUGAGUGUGAAGCCUGCGGAAAUGCAGCGACGCCUAGAGGGGAAACGCCAGGAGCUGCUGGAGCGCUGCCGGGGGGAGCUGCGGGGCGAGGACCCCCAGAAACAGGCGGCCCUGGAGGAGCUGAAGGAGGAGCUGGACAAGCAGAUGGAUGAGUUCCUGACGGCCUAUGGGCAGCACUUUAAAAUGGCGGAGAUGGCAGAGAUGAGAGAGAAAGCAAACAGAGGAGCAGUAGAAGCUGCCAGGAGGGAAUAUGGACUAUUUGUGAAGCAGCUGGACCGUGGCCACCAGAGCAUGAGCAGCUGUCUGAGAGUGAAGCCCCUGGAGAUGCAGCGACGCCAGGAGGGGAAACGCCAGGAGCUGCUGAAACGCUGCUGGGGGGGAGCUGCGGGGCGAGGACCCCCAGAAACAGGCGGCCCUGGAGGAGCUGAAGCAGGAGCUGGACAAGCAGAUGGACCACUUCCUGUCGGCCUACGGGCAGCGCUUUAAAGUGAAGAAGGCCGAGUGGUUUGGGCCUGUACAUUGGGUCAUCGCCAGCUGCCAGCACGCGCCGGGCACGGGCUCGCCCCCACUGGCCCGUGCACCUGCCAAUCAGCAAAUGGCUCCGGCCCAUUGGCUGCCCCUUCAGGAGGUGGGACGGGGGAAGCAAGGGAUUCUGGGACUUGUAGUUUUAUGUGCCCAGUGGAGGAGAAGGGGGAGCUAUGGCGCUUAUGCGGGGGAGUCUAGUGGUUGGGCCAGAGC